CUUAUAACAAAACACUCUCGAAGAAAGCCUCUUAUUCAUCAUCGAAUAGCCGUGUCUAGAUCACUAAGAAAUUAUCGAAAUAAGAAACAAAGAAGUAACGACCUACGAAAAAGUGAGGCGAAUUAUUUAACUAAAUCUUGAUACAGUUUGAUUUGAACUACCUGUUUGGUUCUAUGUGAAAGUGAUAGUUGUUUGUAAAAUUGCAGAAGUGGACCUCAGUUGGUGAUUGACUUUAGAAAGAACUGGGACUGGUCAGUUGUUGGUCAGGAGUUGGUCAGUCGAACGUGAAAGUGAACUACCAGAUUAAUCUUCGAAUCCGAUUUUGGCAGUGAACUAUGCAUCUUAAACAGUCUACGUAGAAAGUGCCAAUAACAAUGUUAACAUAAUACAUUUCUACAAAAUCACAAACCUAACAUGGCUAUCCGCCUAUCACACAUAUCUGUGAUUCAUAUAUUUUUGAACGACCGAGAAUUAAAUCAAAAGACUUUUUAAAAUGAAGAAUUUAUUAGUAUUACUAAGUAUAGUUGCAAUAAAUAGUGCAAUACGAGUACCAAAUAAUUGGCGAGAACUGUAUCCCGUUACAUACAAAGAUUUAAGACCUAGAAGAGAAGGUGGAGUCCAACAUCAAAAUGUUUACGCAAACACACACAGAUUUCCUAGUAUUCAACCUGAGGUAAUCAUCAGUGGGAGUAGAUGGACUCCCGUUUUACCAAAAAGAAGCUCCACUAAAGUUAAAAAAUAUGUUAAAAUAAAACCUAAUUAUUACAAAAAACAUAUUCAACCAAUGUAUAAGAAGAAAAAACCUUACGUAAAACCUGAAAAGAAUGUAUUACAAAACAUAAAACAAACAGUGCCUUAUAUUACAUAUAAAAAACCUGAUCACUUUCCUAGCAGUUCAUUGUUUAUACCUCAGCAUCCUUUAAAAACAUUUUCUAAUAUAUAUCCUCAAAUUCAGAAAAGACCCAAAUACUUACAAUCUCCAGAUUAUCACCACUCGCAUUCUCAGUAUCCAAAUGUACCUAACCUUAGUUCACCCGGCUAUACGAACUUCGACAAUUCCUUCAACCUCCCUAUUACAGUGAAACCUAAAUCAAAUUCGGUUCUGUCACAAGAACAACACAAUUAUAAACCUUACGAGUUGGAUACUCCCAUUAGAACCAAACCAGAUUCAAAUUAUGUACCAACAUUUGAACAACCUAAGAUUGCGUCAAAUGAUCAAAAUACCUAUACACCAAAUAAGAAUAUCGUAAAUUAUUUUGAUUCAGUGAAAAAUGAUGUUUCACCUAAUUAUGCUUUUUCUGGAGAUAAGAGAGUUACAUAUGCUAAAGAAAAUAAUCCAGACAAUCAAAACAGUUAUUCCGCAUACCAUAAACCUGAAGAAAACAAAAUAGAAAAUUACUCCCCUAAACAAAAUGAUAUUGGAUAUUUCAGUCACCUUUAUAAAAAUUACAGAGAUGAAAAGAUUUUUGAGCCAGAAAAAACCGAUAUGCAUUACGUUAAAGAGGAAGACCCAAAAUUUGAAAGAGAUGAAGUAGAAAAGCCACCAGCUAGUACUCACGAAGUUCCACAGGAAAUACCAACAAGACCUAUUUACCCCGGUGAAGGUCUUUGGGCUCAACCUGGUUUGACACACAGACCCUACAUCAGCCAACAAACCUACGACAAUUUAAAAGAAGACGAAGUUGAACCUGAUGGGUACGAUACUUUUCUUGAAGGUCAAAAACUAUUUAAUUUAACUGGUGAUGGUGCCAUCCAACGUUUCAGAUCUUUUCCGGAACAGCAUCAAAUAGGCAGUUUUAUUAAACAACAUUCGAUUGAUUCAAGUAAAUCUGCGAGUAAAGAAUCUUCCAGAGAGCCUAUACCAGAAAAUGAAAGUGAAAGCGAAGAGACUGAAGAAGAUGAAUUCGUUCCCACAAGAUUAUACGCACAGGUACGAGCUAGCGAAGACAUGGAAUAUUUACCUUUAGAAGAAGCUGAUGAUGGAAAACUACGAGAAGCUAUAAAAGAAUCAAAAAUUCAUACUGUAUAUACUGAAGAAGGCUACGAAGAUAGUGCCUAUGAUCAUGCAGGUCAUGAAAAAGAGGCUGAAAAUGAUGAAGGAUUUGAAGACUUGCAGCGUGCGAAAUUAGAGAAAAAAGAAAAGAAGGUUCCAGAAGCUAAGUAUAAUCUUCAUUUACCUAAUUUGCAUCGAACAAAAUUUUCAUAUGGAGGUGAAUUACUUAGCGAUAAGGAAAUUGAAAAAAUUAAACAUGAACAGUUGGGUAUCGAUGAUACUGAUGUUGCAGGAACUCAAUUUGAAGACCUUCCUAUAGAAAAUAUUGAAGAAGUUACCGAAAACGAAGAGGAAGAGGAAGAUGAAGAAAAUCAAUUUACAACAGAACUUCCUAUGAUACCAAAAAGAAAUAAUAAUUUUAUUAGUACCAAGGAAACUAAAACAAUGACUACUAAAGAGAAAGAUGAUGGAAAUACCGAAACCGAAAUUUCUAGUAAAGUGAAAAUAAUUCUACAACCAAAUAAUAGCACCAAAUCUCAUAAGUACGUUAAAAUCUAUCCUAAAAUAUAUAAAACCAUACGAAGAAAUAAACCACAAGCAGACACAGGUAACACUAAUUAUGACGAAAGCAAUGCUGACUCAGAAGUAGGACAAAAAUAUGAGGAGAAAGAAAAAAAAUUGGGAAAUGUUACCAAUUUUAGUGGAAUCUAUAUAGAGGAAAUCCCACCAACUACUGAAAUACCUUUUACAAAAUAUCCAUCGACAGAGUAUCAAGAUAUUCCAGAAGAAAUUCCAAUUACAACAUUGCCAACGACAGCUAUUCCUAAACCUAUAAAAUCUAAUAAUAAUGUACCAAGUAACAAUGCCGAAGAAGCAUUGAAAGACAUAACUAAAGAGUUUUUUAAAAUUCAUAAAAGAACUAAACGAUACGUCAACGAUUUUUCCCAUCUCAAGAUAGAAAAAAACGAUUUUGUGCCAAAUAUAAGUCACGAAUUUGGAAAAAUAAAUGAUUACAAAAAAGUUAAAUAUCCAUACUACGAUAAUUACAAAGAGAAGGGCCUCAAUAUUGAUUCGCCUCUUAGAUAUUCACAAAAUAUGAAUCAAAUGCCAAUUAAAACAGGCAAGAAAAUGAUAUUUUAUGAGGAGGCGGAAAAAAGGGUACCUUGCCCAGAAAUAAAUACUUCAAUAAAUCCAAUUCCCGAAAAAGCACUUAAUGAGGCUGAGAAUAAAAAUGUAGAAAAAAAUGAGGACAAUUACGAUGAUGAAGAUAAAGAUGAAAUUGAAGAAAAUGUAAGCGAAGAAAAAGAGGUUAAUAGCUCUAGAAAAAAACGUGAAGUUAGUGAAGAGUCAAAGUCUCCAAGAUUAGCGGGUCUGGGUGAUAAAAUCGAUUGCCUUAGAGCUCGUUAUUUUGGAGAAGAUCCUCUGGAUAGUCCUUUUUUUGAUGAGGUAACAGUUGGCACCAUUGAACCGAUCUUUAAUGAACUCAAAAAACAUCAUCAAGGACGUAAUCAAGAAGAUAACAAUAUUAAUGAAAUUGUUAAUCAUAAUAAAGCAAAAAAUAAUAAUCAGGACAAUUUUGACGAAGAAAAAUUGAAUAAUAGUAUUCUUAAAGAUAUUAAAUAUCAAUUAGCAAAACAAAACAAAAUUCAAAAUAAACUUACUGCUUCUUCCAAAGAAAAUAAAGAUAUCAAUGAAAAAAAAUUUGAUGAUAAUUUAAAUAAAGAUAUUAGCCAAAAUUUAAAAGUAUCAAAUAGGGUACACAGUAAAACAAAAAGUACAACUGAAUCAGUAGUACCAACUAUUAGUUUAUUAACCACCCCAGAAUAUACUAUUGACUUGAAACCAAAGCAUAUAUAUGACCAAAUUGAACUACUUGAACACCUACCAAAUCAGGAAGAAGUAAAUAAUAAUAAUAUAUCUUCUAGUAAUGACAUCCAAAAGGAACGCAGUUUUAGUUCACGUCAGUCUAAGGCUAUAGAUGAAGAUAAUAUCGCAUACGAAUCAUCAGAUGAUAAUGCGAUGCUUCCAGAAGCUGAGGAAUUAAGAAGACGAAGGAAAAUUAGAAGAAAGAGACCACCAUUCCAAAUUUUCGAUAUUAAUAAGUUCUUACCCACAACACCUUCUCCUAUUUCUAUUUUUCAACCUAUAACACCAUAUCCACUUUUGCCUAACAGUAAUAUUAAAAAUGCAAUACCGCAAGCUACUAAACUCCAGAUAUUUGACAUUAACAAGUUUGUUCCUACUACACCGUCAACUAAACGAGAAAUAAUAACAUCUAGCACAGUUUUACCAAAAUAUAAAGUGCUCAGCGAAGUAUUUUAUAAAGACGAUAUUAAACCUAAUGAACAACUUCAUGUUUUCACUGACAUACUAAAUAAUAUAAAAAAUGCAUCUCAAGAUCAACAAAUCCAACAGUUGGAUACGUCUAUUGAAUCGUCUGAACCUGUUUCGGUAACCCUAAAUUCUCAAACUGAAUAUGCCAAGUUAAAGAAACAUACACCCGUUUACUUUCAAGAUUCAUAUCUACAAGCAUACGGUGAUCAAGAGGUUGAUCAAAAUUAUUUAGCUCCAUCAGCUAUUUCAACAACAACAACUACUACUACAACGACAACUAUAAAACCAACAACCUAUAGACGUACUAGAUACAAAGUAAAAAAAUCUCCAGAGAACAUGGCAGUGCCACAGAAAAAUAUGGACAGUAAUUUUGAACAACAAUUAAAAUUAUACAUUGCCCUCCGGGAAGCUAAAAGGAAACAACAACAAAAUCUUAUAAACAUCAACAAUGAUUAUGGACAUACAAUUCCAGUUAAUGAAGAUACAUACGACUAUGUAGAUAAAACAACUAAAGUAAUGGGUUUAAUGCCACCUGGUAUAAAACAUUAUAAAACUAUUUACCACCCAAAAAGAGAUAAUAGUAAUCAACUUUCUAGUCCUAACCAAAUCAAUCGUAGAGUGAAUAAAUUUUUUGUAAUGGGUAUGAAACCGCCCCCUCACCAAAAAAUAUUGGUUUAUUCAGAUUUUUUAAAUAAAAAUCAGUUAAUAAAGAAACCAAGUUUGAGCCGAGGAAAAAGAAGUACAGGUAGAGGUUCGUAUGCUUCGCUAUCUAGAAAUAGGGGUCAGCAGGAAACAGAAUUAGAAAAGGUAGCUAUUCCUGAUACCGAUGAUGAUUAUGUACCCCACAGGCCUAAAAAUUAUUACUACGAUGAAAAGACUGGCAAAAUCGUUUACUUAACAACUAAAAAACCACAAUUAUUAGAAGAUGAUGUUGAGGAGGAAAUUGAAUAUGAGGAAAUUACAGAACCUCCUGCACCAACGUCGAAACCAAAACAAGACCCUAUUUUUGCUACUGCUACCCCGCCUCCUGAAGGUAAAGGAUACAUUGAUUUUGUUUUGAAACUAAAACAAAACGCAAAUUACAUAUUCAUUCCGGAUCCAACAACAACUGAAAAGGGACUUGAGCUGGCCACCGAAAAAACUACAACUUCCACAUUAAAGCCAAUCUUAACGACUCCACCAGAAUUUCUAAAUAUUUUAUCAAAAGUUCGACAAAGUAAUCAAUAUAAACUUAUAGAAGAUAGAAAGGAGAAGAAACCAACAACAGAAGUUAAUGAAGAAUUUGUUGAUGAUGAAGAAGAAUCGGAAGAUGAAGAUAUUCCCUCUAAAAUCAUACAGAAUGCCCCAGGCGGUCAAAGCCAUGAUGCAGGCGAGUAUUUUGGCAUAUUUGAUGUCACAGAUUUUAUUCCAAAAAUAAAAAAUUACUUACCGAAAACAUCUUAUGAUACGUCUAAAUACAAAACUAUAGAAAGGCCCACUUCAAAAACUACUACAGUUGAAGACGAUGAUAAUGAUUUCGAAGAACAAAACGAGAGGAAUACUGCACAAAAAUACACAGUAACUGAAGUGCCUACUUCGGAAAAGUCUUUUGUAAUAAUUACAGAAGAAGGUAUUGUUAACGAAGAUACGGCAACUAAACAAACUGAAGAAGUUCCUGUUACUAUAAAAAGAAGGCGGCCAACAACUGCAACAUCCAAUAUAAAUACUACAGAAAACCCAACUACUAAAGCUACAUUUUUACGAAGAAGAAGACCAACGACUUUAAGAAGCACUAGAACUACAACGAGUAAGGAAACUACUCCAAGGCCUCCACCAUCUUCUACAGUAUCAGUAUCUCAUGAAGAAAAAAUUAGAAGGGUAUUUCGUAGAAGACCGACAACAAGACGAGCUCCUACUACAGAAUUUUUGGACGAAGAACAAGAUGAUACUACUAAAGUAUUAAGAAGAAGGUCUGGUACUACUCAGCAAAUAAGCACAGAGCCGUCCACUACGCACAAAUCAAAAACAUUGGCUGAAAGAUUUAAAACGUUCCACAGAAAUAAGAAACACGGAGGUGUCUAUAAGAGGAAUGAUUCCCCAUCUGAUCCAAUUAGGCAAACAAAACAAGUUAUAGAUGUACCUGUAAAUAAAGAUGUUGAAGUUAUUGGAGUAUAUGAUAAGACCAAGAGACAUGGAGGUAAUUAUAGAAAAGUUGAUGACAUUAAAGAAAUGGAUGAGGCAGAAGAUCAGCAUCAAGAUUAUGAUGAUAGCGUCGAACAAGUUACUGGAUCUGAUGAAAAUUCGUUAAGAAUCAGUCUGUUACCAAAUAAUGAAGAUAAAGAGGAAAUAGAUGAACACAAUACUGAACAAGACGAACAGCUGGAAGAGAAGUUUUUGCCGCAGAAAAAGGGCAGAACUUCUCUGGUUAGCAAUAAAAAAAAGUCGGAUAAAGACUCUAAAGGGAAAUUCGUAACUGAAGCUACCCUUUCAAGAUUGACUGAUGUAGUUCCUAAGCCAGAAGCUUUUUAUAAUGAUCCAACCCUCCCGAGAUCAAUAAAUAUGUUGGCAGAUAUUGAUAAACUUUCUAGUGUUGAAAUAAAAGAUAUUUUAAGUAGUACAGAUUCAAGUGAAAUUCUAGUAAAUAGAGAUGAAAAUGAAGAGAACGUGUACGUUUUAGAUCCAAUUACAAAAAGACCUAUAAUUAUAAAAGAUCCUAGUAAAAGAUUAUACUUUUAUGCGCCUGUUUAGAUAAACUGUAAAUAUUUAAUGUUUUUAAUUAAAUUUGUAAGAAAUAAAG